AUAAAGAUAGAGCGAUAAAGAGAAAGAAAGAGAGAGCGAGCGAGCGAGUGAAAGAGUGGGAGAGGACUGUGUUUUGUAUUACUUUCCCUGGGAACCUGUGAAGGGAAUGGCAUGACGUUUAGAAUGUAAAGGUUUGCAGCUCGAAAUGAAAAUAGAAACACUUUAAAGCGAAAAAGAGAAAAUGAUUAUCCCGGCAAAGCAAACACUGAGCGAGAAAAAUGCAUCGCCGCAACCCCUUCCCAGCAUCUCGGAGCACGGGCAGUUUGGUCCUCAGAUAAGGCGCAUGGGAGCUUGUCGAAAUAUUGCUUUAUUAGGUAUACGCAGCGCUCAAAAUGAACCUGAAAAUGUUACUCUUUUUAUCACCAACCUCGGGGCCCUCUUUCCUGCGUCUAGUUCCCAUGAUGUCAUGGCUGCCUUUUCUCCUCUUUUCUUUCUUUUUUUUCUUGUUAUUCCCCCAACCCCACUCUCUCCUUUUCCCCUAUCUCUCUCUCUCACUCUCUCUCUCUCACUCUCUCACACACACACACACACACAUUCUCUCUCUUCCCCCCCCCCUCUCGCUCUCUUCCUUCAUACACGGUCCUAUACUUUUCUCAUGCACCUUUAUCAGAGUGUUCUGGCAGCAAACACCAAAGCAGGGGGAAUUUCACGGCUUGUUGCGCGUGCCCCUGGACUCCGUCUGGGUCUAAAUCAGGUUUAUGUUAUCCCAGCGCAGAGAUGUAAUAUUUACAAGCCUUCCAUUUCGGCCCGGUCCCUUGGGUGUCUGGGCCGAAAAAAAAAUAUGCUUCCCAACCACUCAACUAUAAGGAAUGUGGUUUGGGUCUCCUCCUCCACCUCUACUUUUGAGCCGGAUGUUGUUCUUGAAAGCUAACAGUGUGUCUGGUGUUUAUGUUUGUGCGUUGCAGUGCUGAACUAUGAGAAUGUGGUGGAGACGGGCUCGGAGACCGACGAGGACGAUAGGUUGGUGGUGGCCUCCGAGGAGAACCGCCUGGCUAACGGAGGAGGAGCAGGAGGAGGAGGAGGAGACGGAGGAGGAGGAGGAGGAGACGGAGGAGGCGGUGGCGGUGCUAUGGGAGAGGAGGAAGAGGAGGAGGAGGAGGAGGUGGCGGGCGGCAGCAGCCCAGUGGCUGGCGUCCCCGCUAUGGAGGCCUCGCCGCGGGUGGGCCACGCCCUGCUCUCCUACGGGGGCCAAGAGGGCCCCGAGGGGGCCGAGGGCCGGAGGGACGGACGGCAGAGCCACCACCCCUGGGCCAUGGGAGAGGACAUGCAUGGGCACCUCAACGGCACCGAUGAAAGGCAGGAUGAGUAUCACCCACUGGGGCCCAAAGGCUCUCUUCACGCUGUUGGAAAUGGCACAGGCAAGGGACUUGAAGGUGUCUCCGAGCUCAAUGACUACUUCCUGAAGCGCAAAAUGGAGGACAGCGAUGAACACCCAGCGAGCAUCGCAGAGUACCUGCAGCGCGGCGACACCGCCAUCAUCUACCCAGAAGCCCCGGAGGAAGUGACCCGGCUGGGAACGCCGGAGGCUAUCGGUCAAGAUGAAAACGAAAAUGACCUGCCCAGCGGCACGCCGGACGACUUCGCCCAGCUCCUGACCUGCCCGUACUGCGACCGGGGCUACAAGAGGCUGACGUCCCUGAAGGAGCACAUCAAGUACCGCCACGAGAAGAACGAGGAGAGCGUCCCGUGCCCGCUGUGCUCCGACACCUUCACGCACCGCGCACAGCUGGAGCGCCACAUGGCCACGCACAAGCCCAGCCGAGAUCAGCCACAGCUGAUGAACGAGGGGGCUGGCAACCGCAAAUUCAAAUGCACCGAGUGUGGAAAGGCUUUCAAAUACAAGCAUCACCUCAAGGAACAUCUUCGUAUUCACAGUGGUGAGAAACCAUAUGAGUGCUCCAACUGUAAGAAGCGGUUCUCCCACUCUGGGUCAUAUAGCUCUCACAUCAGCAGCAAGAAAUGCAUUGGCCUGAUUGCAAUCAAUGGAAGAGUACGCAAUGGAAACAGUGCCAAGCCUGGCUCCUCACCCAACUCCACCACAUCUUCCCCUGGCAGUCCAGCCCUGGCCCAGCUCCGCCACAAACUAGAGAAUGGCCGUCCCCUAGGCCCACAAGACCAGCAGGGUCAGCUUGACAUCAAAGCAGAGCCAAUGGACUUCAAUGACUAUCGGCUAUUGAUUGCUUCUCAACAUGGCUUUGGGGGCCCAGGGGCGUACAUAAAUGGAAAUGGCCAUGGAGGAGGAAGCCCCCUGGGAAUCCACAGCUCAUCCCAGAGCCCCCUGCAGCACCUGGGGGGUAUGGGACUGGACCUCCCCCUGCUUGGCUACCCCGGUUCUCUUGGGAACAACCUGAGUGAGGUUCAGAAGGUCCUCCAGAUCGUGGACAACACAGUGUGCAGGCAGAAAAUGGAUGGGAACCCAGAGGAGAUCACCAAGCUCAGGGCCUACAUGAAGGAGUUGGGAGCCCAGAUGGAGGAGCACAAGCUUGCCCUCUCCGCAAGAGCCGGCUUCCCAGUGGUUGGCCAGAACAGCCCCACCAAGAGUAUCAUAGACUACACCCUGGAAAAAGUCAAUGAAGCCAAGAGCCUUAUUGAUGACUCCAAAAGGCAGAUGGACAUCAAAAAGGAAAAGCCAAACCACUCCAUGGACUUCGGCGGAGAAGAGAAGUCCCAUGACAGCCAGCCCCAGUUCCUGCCAUUCUCCUGUCAGUUCUGCAAGGAGGCAUUCCCUGGACCCAUACCACUGCACCAACAUGAGCGCUACCUGUGCAAGAUGAAUGAGGAGAUCAAAGCAGUGCUGCAGCCAGUGGAAAAUGGACCCAGCAACCGCAGGGGCUCAAUGGCAUCCGAGCAGCAGGCUGUCUUGCUCUCAAGCACUCUCUCAGAGAGGGGAGCCACCAGCCCCAUCAACCCUUUUAAGGACCACGUAUCAGUGCUCAAGGCCUACUUUGCUAUGAACACUGAGCCCAACUCAGAGGAACUUUUGAAGAUUUCCAUCGCUGUGGGCCUCCCUCAAGAAUUUGUCAAAGAGUGGUUUGCCCAGUGGAAGAACCAAAACAACCACGGAAACAAUCAGAGGAAAAGGUCCCCUCCACCUGACCGCAGUGGCACCGAGGCCAACCACUACCUGAACAGGUCACCCAUGUCCUUGGUAGGCCUACAACAGGCGAUGGCACACUGUGCAGAUUUACAUGGGGGCUCCAACAAUGGCGAUGCCUUGCACAGACUUUCAAAGGCCAACCAGUUUACAGCUAACAGACAUGCAGGGGAAAAACCACUGGACCCCAUGGAUCACUUGAGGAGCAGCACUCCAUCCCCGCUCAAUCUCUCCUCAACGUCUUCCAAAAACUCUCAGAGCAGCUCUUACACUCCAAACAGCCUAGCUUCCGAGGACAACCACGGCGACGCUCCCUUGGAUCUGUCCCUGCCAAAACACAUGACCAACUACAACAAGAGGAUCUCCACGGGAGAAAAGCGUCCCAGGCCCAAUGGUUACAUGAUUGAGCGCAACGGCGAUGCUCACGUCAAAGAACAAGGGACCGGGCCUAUGGAUUUGGCCCACAUCAAGAAGGAGUUUCUUGGCUCCGACCACAACACUGGAGGGAACGCUGGCCAUCAGCUCGAGAAGAGCACCAGUCCCAUUUUUGGUAUAAAUCCAUUUACUGGAGGCCACAUCUAUACAUCCCUGCCACCUCAUGGCGCCUUCCCUCCACCAUCCUUCAUGUCCCAGGCCCAGGCCAGCAUCCCAGGCCUCAGGCACUACCCUGGGCUGGACCAUAUGAGCUUCCUGCCCCACAUGGCCUACACUUAUGCUACUGGGGCAGCUUCAUUUGCAGAAAUGCAACAGAGGAGAAAGUACCAACGGAAACCAGGUCUCCAGGGGGAGCUAAUGGACAGCACCGCCGACUAUCUGUCAGGCCUAGAGGACCUGACAGACGAAUCGCUCCUGUCCAGGAAGAAGAUGAAGAAGACUGAAAGUGGUAUGUACGCGUGUGACUUGUGCGACAAAACAUUCCAGAAGACAAGUUCCCUCCUAAGACACAAAUAUGAGCACACAGGCAAGCGUCCACACCAGUGCCAGAUCUGCAAGAAGGCCUUUAAACACAAGCACCAUCUCAUUGAGCACUCGCGACUGCACUCGGGCGAGAAGCCCUACCAGUGCGACAAGUGUGGCAAGCGCUUCUCCCACUCGGGCUCCUACUCGCAGCACAUGAACCACCGCUACUCCUACUGCAAGCGGGAGGCAGAGGAGCGGGAGGCGGCCGAGAGGGAGGCCCGCGACAAGGGCAGCCUUGAGCCCACUGAGCUGCUGAUGAGGAGGGCCUACCUGCAGGGCCUGGGGCCCCUGGGAUACUCAGACCCAGAGGACCCACAGGAGGAGGCGGCCGGCACCAUCCUAAGGGACGGAACUGAGGGAGGCAUGAGAGGCCGGGAGAGGGAUGUGGCCGAAGCGUACAAGGAGGUGACAGACAGACGGGAGGCAAGUUUCAGAGGGAUGGAGGUGGGGGAGGAGGAUGAAGGAGACAGCAGGAGCCUGGGUACGCAGAUGGACUCGACGCGGGAUGACGGCGAGGGCAAGGAUACGACACAUUUGAUGGAUGAGAGUUCGAGAGAAGGGAAAACAGACGGAAAGUCGGACCAGGAGGAAGCGGACUGAUUCAGAGUGGAGUUACUUACAGUCGAGGAGGCAACACAAAGCAAGAGGAAAACAUUUGUUUCAGCAAAUAUUUGUCAUUGGUUUGUUUAAUUUCCUUUUUCUCAUCCUUCCAACAAACAUGAAACCUGUUCCAUGUCAGAAACGUAAGGCACAGGCUUGAUCUUAGCAGAGCGCUUGCUUUUUUCUUCUUUUCUGUUGUGGAAGAUUGUAAAGAUGGACUUGAGAUGCAAUGUGGUGACUGCCAACAUCAGAGUCGUGAUAACAAGCUGGGUGGGAUUGUUUAAAAAUCCACGAUAUGCAAAAAAAAAGGGAAGUAAUAAUGAUUAUCAUUAUAAUUAAAUGAGAUGAAGCUGUUUUUAAUGUACAGUAUUAUAAAGGCCUAAAAGCUGUGUGGUGCUAAAAUGUUCUUAACCUUUUCGUGUUUCAUUGUGUUCAUACCCCAAACCAGGAAAUUGCACUCUGCCCCCCUUAAUCACUACAAAAACACUUUUUUGGAAAAAAAAAAAAAGAAAAAAGCCUAUGGAUAUUUAUACCAUGCUUGAAGACUCAGUAGCAGUCCGUCGAUGUUGUAUUUUGUCUGCCACUUACUGUGAUGUCCUUGGGAUUUACCCUCUUUUUGCAAGGCAAACUAACCACACAAUUUUGGGCCUCACUAUUUCUUUAUGUGAAGGAACAUUAAACCUGUGUGAUUUUUAAUAUGUUGAUGUGAGUCUUAAAAAAAAUGGACCGGAGAGGAAAAUAGUGAUGGGGAGAAAUAACAAAAUAAUAUAGGCUCUGUGGAAGUGUGACAGAGUUUUUGUGUGUUUUAUUUUCUCAAGAGAAAGCCUUAUAUGCAAACCUUUUCACCUGUGCGUUUCUGCAAGUGCCAUCCUUGUACAGUGUAAAUCAGAGUUGACCUGUGUUAUCUUUGCUCUGGCUUCAGUAUUAAAUGGAUAUUUCACCUUGUUUUUUGAAGUACCUAUGACAGUAUUAGCAUAGAUAGACAAGCAGUUUGUUAGUUUACAUAUGUUUGUGCAAUUUCUUUCUGUAUUUUUUCCAUGACCUUUUGUCAGUAUUACUUUUUUUGUUUUUGUUGAUUUUUCCAACAUAAAUUUCGUUUUGUUUUUAUUUUAAGAUUACCAUUUUAUUUAUGUGACUCAUUUUAUAUUUCCUAAUUUUAUUUAUUUCAUACUGUAGUGUACAGUAUUAUAGUUCCUCAACAAAUAGAUAUAUUUUAGUAAAAAGAUUCUGUCAUUGACUAUUGGAGCAAAAUAUGAAUAGAGAGCGUCUAUGGUAUUUGGAUUUUUUUCAAUUUUUUUCUUUUUAUGUUUUAUUUCCUUUCAACUACUGGAAAUUCAAAAUUUGGGGAACUUUUGAUACAAUAUUGUGAAAACACUGUAUUUUUGAGAGUAAAAAAAAUUAUAAAUCCACUUUAUUCAUCCCACUGAAGAGGUGAAGAGGGACUGUUGAUGAUGAAAUUCCUGAAAUGUCUGAAGUAUUACUGAAUUUUUAAUUUCUCUUGGAAAUGACCAUGCUCAAAUAAAUGUAGCCAAAUUAAAUUUUAAUAAAGCUGUGUUAUUCUUCUUGUA